CUGUGCGCCAGUCUGUGGGAAGGCACGGCUAGUGUCACGUGCUCAGCGCCAGAUCACCACACGGGUUAACAGCCGAGUUUGCAGGUCACAAUGGUACGGCUGGAGCAGCAAGAUGACGGCCAGAGCAGCUGCCGACAUAAUGCCCAGUGCGCGCGACUCCGAAGCUGGGUCCUGGAGAGGGAGCGCCGGCGGUUGCUGGUGGCGGCCCUGUGCAACAGCUUCCUGAAGAAGACGCUGUUCAGGCCGGUCAGUCCACUGUCCAGCGACGAGGAGGACGGCAGCGACGACUCCGAGGAAAAUGAGGAGGAGGAGGAGGAGGAGGAGGAGGAGCAAGCGGCGGAAGCGCAAGUGGAGAGUCUGGACUGGCCCGAGUACGACCCGGCCUCUGACACCGUGGAGGAGUACGUGCCAGCCUGUAGAAUCCAGAGCCUGUGGCGGCUCCAGGAUAGUGCCUGCUAUGAGGAUCACGGUGGCCAAAUAUGGCAGGAGACAGCCCCCAACUUGAGAGAAGACAGUGUUGAAGAGUAUGCACUGGAGGACCGUCACAGGUCGGGGAAGCGGGACUGCGAUUCGGCAUGGGAAUGUGCGGUGGAAUACGUACCUGUGCAAAGGGAAUGUACAGAGGAAUAUGUAUCUGAGCAAAGGGGACGCACAGAGAAAUGUGUAUCUGAGCAAAUGGGAUGUAGGGAGGAAUAUGUAUCGGAGCAAUGGGAAUGUACGCAGGAAUACGUACCUGAGCAAUGGGAAUGUACUGAGGAAUAUGUACCAGAGGACUGCGGUAGCAGGCGAUCGUGGGGGCACAUGGCGAAUGAGUGUCAGGGUGGGGGCUGCGACUGCAUCGUGGUGAGGCUGACGAGUGACGAUGGUGACUCCGAGGACGGUGAAGAGGUUGGAGAGACUCUGAGCUGGUGGGAGAGUGCCUGCCAGAAAGGCUGGGCCCACCUGGAGAGUGAAUGUCCCGGUGAUGGCUGUGACUACGUCGUCGUGAUGCUGCCCAGCGACGAUGACGACGGGUCUGAAGAGGAGCCAGAGUGAGAGACACCCUCCAGCUGUUGUCGAGACUGAGCUUCCAGCAGAGGAUAUGGCUUCAGGUACAGCAGCUCGUGUGGUGACUAGCGAUGCAGAGCUGUUGACGUAAACAGAAACGCUCCCGAAUACUUGGCGCUUUAUCAAAGCUGACUUGCGGUUCCGCAACGAAUCGCCAAAUAACAACAGCUGCUGAUUGGCCGAGAAUUCGGAAAGCAUUUACUGCAGACCCACUGGUGGCUCUGCGCAAAGUUUUAGUAGCACAAUGCGGAAACAGCGCCAUUAAAUGACAAGACAGCAACCAAUUUUACUGACUACCGACAACUGCGCUAAUUUUAUUACUUUCGUUUUAAUUUUCUCAGCGAUUUUUCGUCUACAGUCUAUGAAAUACUAAAUAAAAAUUUUAAUUUAA